CGCUACCUGGCGCCAUGCACCGAAUCAAAUCCCUACCUCGGAAGCCACGCCGGUGAAUACACAUGGGGGACUUUCGCGUCAAGUGCCCAAGCCGGCGGAGGCAGACGAGCAGCCAAAUGAGGGCUCGAGUCGAGACCAGAUGGUAGAAGCUGCAAACGCUCCUUUCCGCUUCCGAACGGAGGUUUGUCCAAAGCCCUUGAGCAGGUCAGAAAGCGCAGUACAAAGCAGUCAGGAUGAGCCAGCCUGCUAUACAUAUCGAAACGGGGCUGGUCAGACUUCAGAAACCCAAGAACAUCCUCAAGCCUGGUGAAGAGCGACUCUUUCCAGGCGGAGGAGGCAGGAAACACGUCGUCAAGCGAGCUCAAGAUGGUCAAUCGUUCAGUUGUACAUGUCCGCGUUGGACGCUCUCACGGGAACCUAGAACAGCUCGUACAUGUCCUCAUCUGAAUGAUCUACAUGGAAAGAAUUACGAGGACGCGCGCUUGAUUGCCGCCAAGGACAUCCUCGCAUCGCAAAGUAGGAAUGUCGGCUUCACUUUGACGAAGAAGAAAGCGGAACAAGCAAAGAAGAGAGCGGCAGAUGCUGAGAUUAGGGACAGCAUGGCGAAGAAAGACAAGAAGGAGUGUGUGGAGCCGACUUGUCCGAGGGAUGCGCAAGGACAGAUUUCCCUCAUGCUCGGACAGACUUUUCGUUUGGACGACAAGCUCGAUCCUGCUGGCUACUGGCUGACCGAGAAGCUGGAUGGUGUCCGAGCUUGGUGGGACGGAGACUCUAUCUUCUCAAGACAAGGCAAUCAUUGGAACGCGCCAGACUGGUGGCUUAAGAAACUUCCCAAAGAUCUGCAUCUGGAUGGCGAGCUUUGGAUUCGGCGAGAUGCUUUCCAACGGACCUGUAGCAUCUGCCGACGCCAAGAGAAGAAGGAUUGGCACCUGAUCAACUAUAUGAUCUUCGAUGUCACGAAUGUCGCAAUGCUGUACGAAGAGCGGAUGAAGUUGUUGGCCGAAAGAUUGCCGGAUGGUGUCAUGUCCCCGUCCAAAGUCCAAGGUGCGGAGCUCGGCGGAUUUGUAUGUGUUCUUCCCAUGGUCAAAUGCACUUCCCGCGAGCAUUGUCGCGAAGAGCUGCGUCGCGUAGAGGAGAUGGGUGGGGAAGGGCUCAUGCUGAGAAAGCCUCAGAGCAAGUACAUCUGCGAAAGGACGUCGAUCGUGCUCAAAUUGAAAUCCUGGUACACAGCCGAAGCAAUCGUCGUUGGGCAUAAAAGGGGGGAAAAUCGAAACGCGAGCGUGAUGGGCGCCAUCGUCGUUCGAAUGGAGUGCGGAAAGGUGUUCGACAUUGGCUCGGGCUUCGUCGAGCAGCAGCGUCGAAUGUGGGAGCCCAAAGUGGGCACCAUCGUCACGUACCGCUUUCAAGAACUUUCGCGUGAUGGCUGUCCACGCUUUCCGAUCUUUGAAGGAUGUCCGGCGGACAAGAGCGAGCCAAAAGACGCGGUGGUCCGCUCCGACGCUCUCAGAGCGACGGGCGUCAACGAUGAUCUGGUCACGCGCCUUGCCAAGUCCUCGCAGUCCCACUCGCAAGCGCUUUCGCAAGCUUCAACGAGCCGCGAGGGCGGCAGCUCGCAGGUCUUGUAGACUUGCGUCCCACGAUCGGUGAUCCAAACAUUGUUCGCGCAAGGUGCUACGCAGCAUACAGCGCCCGCCGCAUGCAGGCGACACCUAGUAGCGCAAGCAACGCAUGCAGAUUCAAAGAGACGGCCAAGUUGGACAUAUCCCAGCUUGGAACGUAGAAACACCGCCGAAUCACACAGCACUCACACUCAGGACCUCUACACCUUCCAAAUUCACAAGCUCAAAGGCCCCAUCGCGUCACAAACGCCAACUGUACACUGUCACACAUGCGUCCCCUG